UGGCUGCCCGAUGAACAUUUUUUCGUUACAUUGUUUAUAGAUUUGGYUAAAAACUCCAAUUUUUUUGUCCCUUCUGUGAUCUUUUAGGAAUACUGAUCUUCACAAGUUAGAUUUUUCUACGUUCUGUGGAAAUUUCAAGUGGGUUUGCCCUUGCUGUGCUGAGUUCACGAGCCAAGAAUAUUGUCUUACCGUGAUCUGACGUUUGGUGUUGGACUUGUUUUCGUGUUAAUCAGCUUCGUUUUUUUGGAUUUUAUUCGCCAUGUUCAGAAUAUCUAUUCCUUUUCGAUCRUUGAGGACAUCAGGAGGAAAUAUCAAUGUUUUUAAAGGUUCUACAUGUACAUCAAAUCUCAUAUCUAGACCACUACUUAGAAAGAUUCAUGUAAUUUCAACAAAUCAACUAAGACCCUACGUAUUAUAUGGAUAUCGAUGCACCCACCCUGCUUCAAAUGUAAUUGACAAUAGAAAUGGAAGAAAUAUGAGUAGUACAUCAGGGGGAGGCAAGGAUAGAGGUGGAAAGAAUCCAUGGUGUUGUCCUAAAUGUGGAAAUCCAUGCAGUGCAAUUGAAGCUUCAACCCGAUUUGUCCAAUGUGACAAGUGCAGUCACUUCUUUCUUAUCCUCUCUGAAUCUGACUCCAAACGCUAUAUAAAAUAUGAAGGGAAAGGAGCAGCCAAUGACAACGACAAGCAGAAUAAACGACGGAAACCGCCACCUCCACCCACAAAGAUAUUUGAUUACCUGGAUAAAUAYGUGAUWGGUCAAGAUUUUGCCAAAAAGGUUCUAUCAGUAGCUGUGUACAACCACUACAAAAGACUGUCUGUCAAUCUUUCAUCAUCAUCAUCACAAUCAACGUCAACAGAAGUCAAACCUGUUCCUCUUACGCGGCCAUUCCCAGGCUCCCCUCAUGAACUUCAGCUAGUGAUGGCUCAGGGGGGCACCCUCAACUCCCCUCUUGGUGCAAGUGGGGUCCAGUCCUCUGGACAAUCAAGAGAAAGUAGUGGAAGUGAGAUACUGGAAUCUGAAAGGGACAAAAUUACCCUGGACAAGAGUAACAUAUUACUUUUGGGACCYACUGGAUCUGGUAAAACCCUGUUAGCACAGACCAUUGCCAGRUGUCUGGACGUCCCAUUUGCCAUAUGUGACUGUACUGCAUUGACACAAGCAGGUUAUGUUGGAGAAGAUAUUGAGUCAGUCAUUGCCAAACUUUUACAGGAAGCAGGCAAUAAUGUGGAGAAGGCACAACAAGGAAUUGUAUUUUUGGAUGAAGUCGACAAAAUUGGUGCUGUGCCAGGAGUUCAUAAUUURCGAGAUGUUGGAGGUGAAGGAGUACAACAGGGUCUUCUCAAGAUUCUAGAGGGUACAGUAGUCAACGUACCUGAACGUAACUCACGUAAGAUGCGUGGAGAUACAGUAGCAGUCGACACGUCGAAUAUUCUAUUCGUUGCAUCAGGUGCCUUUAAUGGUCUUGAUAAGAUCAUUAGGAAAAGAAAACAGGACAAGGUGUUGGGAUUCGGUGCCCCUACAAUGGAGGACAUCGCCGUUAAGGAUAAAAAAGAGCUGGACAUCUUUGUAAACACGAAAACCGAUGUCCGUAACGAUAACGCCGARCGUGACGCGUUACUAAGCGGGGUAGAAGCACGUGAUCUGAUUGACUUUGGAAUGAUCCCUGAGUUUGUAGGUCGACUUCCGGUUGUUGUUGCGCUCCACUCGCUGAAUGAGGAAGCUUUGGUGAAAAUCUUGACGGAACCAAGGAAUGCAUUGGCAUCGCAAUACCAGGCUAUGUUCGCCAUGGAUAAGAUUGAUUUGAUUCUUGAAAACGAAGCGUUACAGCUCAUAGCUAAGCAAGCACUCGAGAAGAAGACCGGUGCUCGUGGAUUGCGGGCGAUCAUGGAAAAACUACUUCUUGAACCAAUGUUCGAGGCGCCAGGCUCAGAUAUCAUUUCAGUCCGAAUUUCCAAAGACGUAGUCAAGGGAACCAAGCCUGCUGAUUACACGCGCGCUCCUGAGAGACCUGGCGACGAAGAUGCUACGGAGAAUUCGACAGCAACCGAAAUCGACAAUGACGACGUGGAAAUCUACGCAGGGGACGCCAAAUCGAGACUAUAAAUGAUUAUUUUAACAAAAUUAUUAUCAAAAACUGAAAGUUGUGUUUAUUGCCAGAUUAAUGUUCAAUGCUUAUUAUUUCAGGAAGGGAGGGGAGGUAAGGGAAACGUUUUUACUUCUAAUUCGGUUGAAUCAAAUAAUGUAUCCUUUGAGCUAGAAAGUUUUUUUUUUCUACUGGAGUUACAGCUGCUAUCUAAGUUGAUAGUCUAGCGACCGAUAUGAAUUAUGGGGAUUUUCAGAAAAUGUUCUAGUAGAAUUGUAAGUUGUUUUUUUUUCGCUGGACUUAUUCUCUCACAUCGGCCUUUGUGGUUUGAAAUCAUCCAUGGUUUGACAGAAACAUUUACUGACAAUUUAGUGACAUCCCAGAAUUCCUAUCGGUCUAAGACCAACAGUUCCUGAAGAUCAACUUUGAUUGGAAAAUAGAAAGCAUGAACGCGCUAAACCCGUGAAAUUGUGCCUAUUUGGGUCUAUGUCGUGCAGUUUAGUUAAUGGUGUAUUCUAAGAUUUUUCUUCGAGUUUGCUAAGAGUUUGCUCUGUACAAUUUCACAGCUUUGCGCAUUUGGACCUGUCUGUUAAUUCCUUAUUUUAUUUAUAUUUUUCUUUUUUUUUACUUUUGUUUUCGAGUGAUGUUCGUCUGAACAAAUUAGAACUGGCCAGGGUAUCCAGCGCUUAUUUUUUCAGUUUUGGAAAAAAAGGAUUUAUUAAACUCGCUUUGUGUUUCCUGUGUGUUUGCGAGUCAUAAGUACAGAUCAGUGGAGGGUCAUAAGAGAACAAUAAACAAACGUAUUUAUCUUAAGCACCAGUUCUCAGMGACCUUAUUUUGCACACAGGAAUCCCAAACGUUUCUAGGAAUGUUUCACCACCAACACCUUCAAAAGAAACUCUUCAAAUCAAAUCUCUGUUACUCUUUGUCAUUUCAAUGCCAGCACUAAUAUCAGAAUAUUUUUAUUGUUUGGUUGAUAGGUUUUUGAAAAAUGUACUGAUUUUUAACAAUCAAAUCAAAUAUUUCUCUAUAAAGCCUAAUGUGAAUAACAUUUGAAAGUUAAUUGUCUGUAAAUAUAGAAAUUGUACUGUAAUAAAGUUAUCUGUUACUCUUAAA